AUAAAAAAUGAAUAUAUACAUUAACUAUACUUAAUUAAACUAACAUUUUACGUGCUUCUUCUCUUUGCAGCUGAUUAUUUAUAUUUUUAUGUUCUGAUUGGUAUUGGCGGGCAUUUAUUUGCAACGCCAACAAAAAUUCAUUAACAAUUCGGGGCGUAAACAGUUUACCAGUUGCCAUGCCGACUAUACGGCGAUGCUGCAUCAUUGGAUGCUUGUCGAAUUCGAGACAGCACCCAAGCAUGCAGUUCUUUGCCUUUCCCCGGCCAGACAAUCCCUUUCACAAGUUGUGGAAGGAGGCGUGCCAUGCCUCAUUGCGGCGCAUCAUUCCAUUCAAGAAACCCGUUGUUUGCGCUCUACACUUUGAUCCCAGUGUGCUAGGCGGGCGACGCUUGCAGUCGAAUGCAUUACCCACUUUGCGUUUGGAGGUGCCCUCGAAUUUGGAGGCCGUGGAGCAGCAGGCCAUGGUGGAGGAGAUCGAGCGCAGUCGCAAAUGCGCCUACAUUAAUGCAGUUGUCUAUGAGUGGCUGGUGCGGGCCAAUAUCAAUCCACAGCUGAGAGGCAGCAUCACUCAUGGCAUGAUCAAGGACAAAGCGGAGAAUGCACGCCAGGUGAUUGGUAGCACAUCUUUCAUAGCGGACAACCGAUGGCUGAAUCGGUUUCGCGAGACGCACUUGCAGGGCUUUGCUCAGAAACUGGCCACCAAUCAGCUGAAACCGAUGGGAACGUCGCUAUGGAUACCGGACAUUGUGCAGGACUUGCAGCAUUUGUUUCCGCCGGCCAGUGCAGAGCGUGUGGCCAAGCUGGAGGAGAUGCCAGAGCAGUAUAUGAACUACAUGCAACAGUAUGGCGAAUAUGAGGAGGACGACGACAGCAUGGACAACAAGGAGCAGAGCUAUCAGGAGCAACAGCAGCAGCAGCAUUACGCGCUACAGCAACAGCAGCUCCAGCAGCAGCAACAGCAAUUAAAUCAAGCCUGGCCGCCCUUCCCAGGCCAUCCACACGGACAUCCACAUCCACAUCCGGGCUUUAGCUUUAAUGACUACUACUUUGAGCGCCAUCAGCAACAGCUGCAGCAACAAAUGCAGCAGCAUCAACAGCAACAGUUGCAGGCACAGUUCCCACCGCCGCAUGUGGUGCCAGCACCACCAGGCGCAGCGCAGCCACCGCGCGAACCCUUCCAGCCACAAUUGCCACCAAAUCAGUCGCAGCAGCGCGUCAGUCCCUUCCAGCCAGUACAGCUGGCCAAGCGUCCCAAAUUGGAAUCUCCAGCCGAUGAUGAAGUACAAGAGAUCAAUGCUUCGGCUGCUGCACGUGGAUCGCCAUUGUCAUUAACUUUGGCCGAAUCCACAGCCACCACACAGCUGGAUCAGCAUACUCCCAGUCCCAAGGAGCAAAACAAUAACAGUGGACGUGACAGCGCCAGCAGCAAGGAAAAUGCACCCAAAACUCUGACCGACUGCCACAGCGGCAAGUCAACACCUGUACGUUCUAUCAAAGGCAGUAGCCCACCAGCAACAGCAUCCGCGCCAGCCUCGCCGAAGAAACAUAGUGGCAGUGCCGGCAGUCAAACAAAUGGCCACAACUCCCCAGAGCCGGAUUCAAGCUCCUUGGUCAAUGUGCUCAAGGAACUGGAUAGUUAUACUCAAGCGUUGGAAUAUUUGAAGCCUUUAGAGGAUUUCGUGCUCUUCAAGGAGAAUUUCCGUGCCAUUGGACUAUUGUCGCAGCUGGAGCUAGUGCUGCGCAAGGGUGACAAAGCCACGCUCAUAGAAGGUUAAACUCUACUCAAAAGAUGACAAAAACAGAAAUGUGAUGAACAGUGUACAUACUAUGCAUAUGUAGUUAAUUAAUGAAGUAGUAUUAUUAAUUUGUCUUUCCACACAACUUGAUUUAGGUAAUACAUGUUUGAGCAGACAGUACUGUGGCAAACCAAUGAUAUUCGAUGAGA